CAAUUGUCAUCUGGUAUGAGGUCUCGAGAUCUCGUCGCUCCACAUCCUGUGACAUCACCACCGAUGACCGAAGAGAAUAGGACAGAGCACUUCAUCCUGCGGCAGAAGCUGCUACGGUAUCAACGACCACGGGAUAGAGCAACUCCUUUUUAGACUGUACCCUUCCUGACCAUGGCCGAGGAAGAACAGCCGACCAUGCCUGAAGAAGAACAGCCACCCACCGAGGUAGAGGCCAAUCCACAAGAGGAUCCCCUCAAAGAUGGCAUUAAGUCGAUGAAAUCCAUGUUUCGAAGUGACGCACGGAACGAGUCCAACAAGUUGUUCCGAGAGUUAGACGGAGACAGGAGCAAGAGUGCUUCUCAUGAGGAGAUUGCCAAGUUUGUGGCCUCCAACGAUCAGCUAUGGGCUCUGCUCAGUGUCAAUUUGGAUCAGCCUAAAGAGGUUGCUACCGAGGUGGCAACUCGAGUCGCCAUGGAGCUCGCAACGGAGCUCAAGGGAGAAGAAGCCAUGAAUGCCGAGCUCAACAAAGACCAGUUUCACAAUUUCCGCAAAAAAUACAUUCUAGAUCCAACGGGGUCUCAAGAGUUCUUCUUUCGGGCUGUGUUUGCUUCGUUUGAUAAAGAUAGUAAUGCUGUGCUGGACGAACAAGAGCUGGAUCAGUUUCUAGAGAUCUUUUACAAAUCGGGGUCUACCUUUCAGGGAUCCAUGGGGACACUCAAGUUACCUCCGAAAGAGAAACUCCAUGAAAUUUUCUUGAAAGAGUUUGAUGAAAACGACGACAAGGAGCUCUCAUUUGAGGAGGUACGAGUGAUCAUUAGCGGCCAGGUCAACCCGGACGUGGCCGCCGAAAUUGAAGUAGCUGCUGCCAAAGCGGAAGCCGAGGCGAUCGAGCGUUCAGAACGCCUUGAAGAGGAGAGGCUCGAACAAGAGCGUUUGGAGAAGGAACGCCUCGAAGCGGAGAGGAUCGAAAACGAGAGACUUGAAAAAGAAAGGCUCGAGAAAGAGGAAGCGGCGAGCGCGGAGAACGCGGAGAAAGAAGGCCUGGAAGCGGAGAGAGUCGAGAAAGAAAGACUCGAGAAAGAGAAGCUUGAAGAAGAGAAAGCUGAAGCUGAUCGCAUCGAAGAGGAACGUCGAAUGCGACAACAGGAAGAAGAAGAACAAAAGAGAAACGAGGAAAAGCUGCAGGAAGAGCAGGCCAAAGAGAAGGCUCCGGGGCCAAAGGAAGUUUUGGUGGAAAAGGAAGAAGACGAUUCAGGGUGUCCGUUGUGUGAGUGGUUGUUCGGACAGCCAACUCCGGCCAAGUAAGUAUCACAUGCUACGACCUAUCCGCUGACCGAAGCAACGCAUCUGUACCGUGGGAUCAAUACCUUCGAUGGCAGAGAGGCUAGAAGACACAAACGUAAGAGAAAUCCGUGAGGGCACGAGAACAGCGAUCAGCGGUUCAGAGGAGGGGUUCAAUACGUUUGGAUACAUAUCCAACGUCCAGCUACAUGUAAUAGACAGAACAAAAUGCAUCAU